AGAAGAAGAAGAAGAAGAAGAAAUUCAUUUGUGGCCCUUUUAUUCUGAAGGAAUGUAGACGGGAAGUGCUAUCGUUGUCGCAUCCGGUGAAGAUUAGCUGCUUGUGAAACGCAUCAUCAUCAUAACGUUCGUCGGAGAGAAGCGUUGAACAUCGCACAAUUUGCCGCUGAUCAGGGAGAAGACAGGAACCAUGUGGGAGUCACAUGAACGUAGAGGAUGAGGCGUCAACAGCCCGGGGGCAGUUCGAGGAGAGAGCCGCUGCACAGAGGGAGGGAGGGUUAGCUGCCCUCAGAAACCCCCGUGACCCCCCCCCGACCACGUCCACCCUGAACAUAUGCAAUGAACCGCACCACUCAGCCCCCCGCCGUCAUCGACGGGGACGUGGCCGUCGGCUACGUGUUGGUGCCGUUUUUCCUCAUCACCAUCAUCGGAAUAGCUGCGGCUGUGAUCAUGUACAUCAGAAAGAAAAGAAGAAUUGACCGACUCCGUCAUCAACUGUUACCAGUUUACACGUACGACCCGUCGGAGGAACUGAUCGAGGCCGAACAGGAAAUGUUGUGGAAGGAAGAGGACACACAGGUUGUACGAGGUUGGGCGAGGAGUUAUCAACAGCGACGCCCCCUCCUGGCCAAGGACGUGAAUGCGUGAUGGCGGUGGCGUGUGGAGAGAAUCAGUCGCGUCACGAUUACGUUUGUUUUGCUUUUUUUUUAUCAUCGCACUGCGUUUAUGAACUUUGACUGAAUCAGCAUUAUUUUUCUUUUUUUAUGUACAUAGUGAUGUAUGUGAGGUUCUGAUGCCGACCCUGUGCCUGACAGACGCAGCACCUGAGAUUUAUUUAUUUGAAAAUUAUUUAUUCAGACGUUUGUUUUCCCCGUGGUUCUUCUCGGGGGGACGCGACCCCUGUGGGUGUAACUCUAUGGUUUACAUGUACAACUUGGGAGUGACACGCGGCGGUUCUGUCCCUGCGGGCCGCGGUCCAACAUUUGGUUCUGACUAUAUUUUAUGAAUGUUCUGCACUAGUUUCCAAAAAAAACCAAAAUAGAGUCCUGCCUCCCUCCUGCUGAGAGAGGGCUUGUGAUAGAUGCCUGGACUGGUCGUGGUGAACCGGUCGCUUCCAAUCGCAGUAUAAAACAAUUAUGGCUUCUCUAAAGAAAAACACUGUUUAAGUGUUCGAUCAGUCACAAAUCACAAAAAGAGAUUUUAACUUCAAAGCUUUAGAUUUAUAGCUAAAAUAUUAAGUUUGGAGCAUUUUCUGUUUCAUUUUGAGUCAGAAAAUGUUUUUUUAAUUCACUCAGACGAUCCUAAAUCCGAUGACUCUUAUCGAAGGUAUGAAACUCCAGAUCUGGAAGUAAAUAACACCCAACCACCUCUUCCUCCUCCUCCUCAUCCCCACAACGAGCAGUGACUAUUGCCCUGGAUAUGUCCUGUCUGCGAGGCAGCGGCGGGAGAAUCUGCUCAGGCGAAUGCCACAAGUCUGACUGUGUCAAGCUCUCAGGAAGAAAAAAAAAGCUCCUGCUUUUCUGUUUCCUCAUCAAAACCGUUUCGUUACCUUUCUACGCGAUGCCUUGAAUUUUGUGAAUGUGAAAACUGAAGAACAGAACUUAACUUAGACUUAAUACUGUCAGUCUGAGAAACUUCUACGACAGGUGGAUGUUUUCCUUCAUCCUCCUCAGUCUUUUUUUUUUUUUUACAUUUCGUGGAUCAUUUUAUGCACAAAUCAGAAUUUGUUUCUACAUAAAAUGUCAAAAUAUGAAACGGCGCCUUUCGGUUGGAUCACGACAUCCGUGCUCACCAAGCCUCUGACUUCAGUUCGCACUGACCGGAAAGUUAAAAAUUAAAAAGAAACUAGUGAUGUAAAUGUUACUGUGAAGGAAACUGGACGAGGCCGAUUCUGAAGAUGUAAAUAAAAUAUGGUCCAUCA